AACUCUGGUUUCGUAAAAGAGAGAGAGAACCAGAAGAAGAAGAAGAAGAAGAAUGAACAUGGUGAUUAGGUCUCUCUCUCUCUCUGUGAAAAUUUGUUGAGGGUAUCACCGUCGAGUAUCGGCGAAAAGUUCCGGUCUUUUUUUUCAUUUUCCGGGUUAAAAUGACCGGUUUCACCAUUUAAGUCGAGGAAAAUUCCCGACUUGGUCGUAGUUUCAGUGACCCAAUUCGUCCUUGUUUGAUUUUCUUGGUGGGUUUUUGUUCUUGAAGUCGGAUUUUGUUGAAAGACUGAAACUUUCUGAUCGUUUUUUGGUUCUGGGUUUGUGGUAAUCGGAGUUUUCCGAUCAUGUUUAAGCUUUCUGGGUGACUUUGGGAACUGAAAAAGCAGAGGAAUUUUUGAGUUUUUUUUUUGUUGAAUUGGGGAUUGGUUUUUGAUUUGAAGUUGGUUUUAUUUGUGCUUGAGUGAUUUAACUUCAAGCUGGUUUUGUUUGUGCUUGAGUGAUCAACUUCAAGUUGGGUUUUAUUUGUGUUAAAAUUUUAAGUUUGGUUCUUUGAGAGAGUUUUUGGGAAAUUGAGAUGGUUGAUCAGAGAGCCUAGAUUCUAGUGGACAGAGUGUUGCCUCUUUUUUUGGAUUUGACUCUUUGAUCUAUGAGGAAAGCAAAAAAUCAAUGACUUUUUGCUUUGUUUAGAUUUGUUCUAAAGAUUUUUGCUUUUUCAGUUUUUCCUUGUCUUAAUCAUCAUUGGGGUUUCUGGAUUUGUGAGAUUGAAUUUAUUAAUACAUUUGUCUGGUAUGAAUUAUUUUUGUUGGUGAUUCAAGUGGUCAGUAACUCAUUCAGGGGUUACUGCAUCAGGCAGGAACCAUUUGCACUUCCCAUUCUUUUGGUCUCAAAUUGAAGUCUCUGGCUUUCUGCUAUCUCUUUUUUAUUUUUUCCACAACUCGUUCAAGGGCAAAGAGAAAGAGAGAGAGAGUUGCUGGUUCAUAAUCUUUUAGCUUUCAACAAAUUUGGGGAGUGUCGAAAAAAUGGCAGUGUCUCUCACUCGUUUUUCGUGGUGCUGGUGGGGUGGGAAAGAGAAAGAGCCUGCUAAUAAUGGGUCUUCAGUGAAUUCUCCAUUAGAGUGGGGUUUUGGGGGCCUGAGGGAACCUGGAACGGUUCAGUUCCCUUCGGUUAAGGGCACGAAAAUGGCCUCUUCGCCUAGAAAGGUGAAGCGGAAAUGGCAGAGUAGGGAGGAGAGGAGGAUUGAUAGGGAGUAUGAUGUUGUAAUUGUGCCAUCAGAUGGUGGUGGCUGCUUGUCAGGGUCUGAAUCCGAUGACUCGGACUGGUCCAUUGGGUGGUUGGAACCUCAUGGUUCUGGUUUCCAGAGUGAUGAUGAGUCGGAUAAUAGUUUUGCUGUGCUGGUGCCUUGCUAUAGCCCUGGUUGCAAGGAGGUGGUGGAAGGUUCAAACAAUGAGCUUUUGAGUGCCAUCAAGAACCUCCCUGAGGAGUUCUCCCCUGAUUGCAAGAAUUAUAUGGAACAAUGGCUUUCUUCUCUUCAAAACUUUGAUGCCUAAACUAGCUGAUAUCUCUGAAGGAUUGGCCCUACUUUACUGAGUUCUUCAUUCCGUGAUCUGCUUGAAGAAUCAGAGCUGUUACAUAAUUGGCUAAAAUAGAAAAUAAUCUAGAAUGGGAUAGACAGCGUGCAUCAGCAUCCUGCUUAGAAGCACAGAAGAUUAACCUGCACCAAGAGCCUUAAGUUUUGUAGAGAGCUGGGAAGACACUUCUUGUUGUCCAGCAUGCUGAAUGCUCUAAUUGUCAUCCUUCUACUAUUAGGCGCACAUCAACCAGUGAAUGUGAAAUAUGAUGGAUAUUCUUUUAUUGUAAAUAUGGCUUUUGCGAAUAUGAUAAUGAUGAUUAUGCUAUUAGCUUGUUGUAUAUAAACUCUUUUCUCCAAACUUAAUUAACGGCCAGUCUACUGA